AUGCGUGCAAGUUCCAUUGAUAUUCAUCCGGAUGCAACAUGGUCAAAGAAUGGAAUCACUGUUGCUGGAGGAAAUGGAUAUGGCAGUAAAACCAACCAAUUCUUUAACCCAUGGGGUUUGUACAUCGAUGAAGAUCAAACGAUUUAUGUCGUUGAUGCUGGAAAUAGACGUAGUGUGAAAUGGAAAUCUGGUGCAACGAAUGGAAAAGUGGUUGCUGGUGGAAAUGGAGCAGGAAAUGGAGCUCAUCAAUUAUAUCGCCCAACAGAUGUGAUUAUCGACAAAGAGAGUGAUACUCUCAUCAUCUGCGACCGAGGGAAUGAGAGUGUAGUUCGAUGA